AUGAAGCUCCUUACUACUUGCCUCUCGCUGUGUGCGACCAUUGCGAUUGCAGCAACACAGUCGCCAGGCCCAGCACUGACGCCUUCGUCUUCAUUGACAGCCCUCGGGGAGGUCACUUUGCCGGCUGUCACCCCUCGAGCUCUCAAGGCAGCGGCCACGCCUAUACCGGGCGGCUGCGGUAUCACAAUCACCGAAGAGGUCACGAUCGAGAUUCACGAAACCAUCACCUGCACCGAAACAGUCAUAUCGACGCAGACUGUGUCCAAUGCCACAACUGUGACAGUCAGCUUGCCAGGGUCUGUCGUGACUACCACUUUGCCCGGACUUAAUGUGACUGGUCAUGUUUCCACCGUUGUGUCUACAGUUGCCGGACCUACUGUGACGAUAGGGCCAUCAACUGUCACGUCGACCGUAAAGGGGCCCACGGUCACCUUAUCCGGCUCCACCGUCACGCUUCGAGGAUCAACCAUCGCUGGUCCCGGAAAAACAAUCACUCUCACGGGCAAUCACGGUCUCAAGCUCUACUGCAUUUCAAGCGAUAAGCACAACCUCCAGCACGUCCAGGGAGUCAACCUCAAUCCAGCAUGGAGUGUCCACCACAACGACAAGCUCAAGCCUCACUGCCAAGUCGUUUACGAUUACGCCUUCAGCCUCGGUGACAAAAACUACAUCUUCAACAACAGCAUCCGUGAGAACUCACACAACCACUGUCACCUCGACAAUUGUGGUUCCAGGAUCGACAGUGACUACAAUUAUCACUGGUCCUUCAUCUACGACCACACUCGGAUAACCACGGAUGCCGCCUCGAUAUCCGUCUGCUCAACUUUGACUAUCAACCCGACAUACAGCCCACCUGCUGCUCUCCCCAGGAAUUACACAUGGGGCUGUCCUCCAGGGUUCUUGUGCAAGCCUUCCCGCACUGGCGAGCGUCAGGACUGUACCAUUGAGGCUGGUCUUCCUGCUGAAAAUUACACAUGUUCGCCUUCAGAGUGUGUGAUUGCACCGCCGUUAGUACACCAGAGGACAACGGAUGGCAAUCAGACCUAUACUUACAGCGAGGAUUAUUACAAUCUCGACCCUGAAAAUUUCGGCUUGAACUACCACUUUAAGGUAGAACAAUCUUCCCAGACUCCGCAGGCGUCUGUCUCUAGUACCGGAAGGUACACGUUCAUUCCUCCGGCACAAUGGGGUCCUAAACCCAUCGCCGGAGGAGGCUCGGGGGGUUUGGGAGGCUCAGGCGGAUCAGGAGCCUCGGGGAGCACAGGAGGCACAGGUGGUGCCAGCGAAAAUAUUCCCCCUCUUUGCUACAAUCCGUGCAAUGAUGCUGCUCUUGAACCGCAGUCGAUUGGGAAGGUACCAGAGCUCUGCAAAACUGGCUCAGCAUUCUCCGUGGAUCUUGCCAAUUGUCAGUCAUGCAUCAGUCACUGGGCCUCGACUCCAUCUGACGUGUACUCGAAGACACUGCUGCCUUCAUUUUCCCAAUGGCUUAAUUUCUGCGACGACAUGACCAUUACAUCCGUCAGUAGUACUGUACCGCCAACAGUUGCUAUCACCACGAGCGAGAAAGUCCCGACCACCAAUGUGGCAGCGACAUCCGAGUCUACUCCAGCUGCACCUGUUUCUACGUCUCCAGCACCUGUCUCCGCACCUCAGGUUACCUCGGCCGUAGCUACAACCAGUAGUCAAGCUACUUCGGCGAUGCCAGUUGGGACAAAGCCGGCUGAGACAAAAGCGAACAGUGUCACCCAAGCAAAAGGCGGGCAUGACAUGACCACUCAUGUCCCAGAGGCAUAUACAUCAGCCAUCAGCUUUCCAUCAAGCUCGACCGGGGCACCUGCUUUAGUUCCACCGCAACCCGGCUCGAGUCCUUUGGCUAUUGAUGUCAAUAGCAAUAUGCCCUCGAAGGGGUCUUCGAUUCUAUCAGAGUCGAAUGCCCACACUGAGACCUCUGCGGGAGGCGCAGGCCAGUCCCUUACACCAGACCCUUCUGCCAUUGGCUCUCCCCCUGGGACGGUCUUCAGCAAAGGCAAAGAUCCGACAUCUGGCACGGGCAUUUCGCACUCAACAACUGGUCGAACUCACGUGGGUAGCAGCGUUGAUUCCACCGAUGCGGGUAAUCAGACAAUCGCAACACCAACAACAAAUAGUGUGGGCGUCACAGACUCGGGCGCAAGCUCGAGAGGCUCUGUCAACCAGACUCAAGUGGCAAAAACGUCCAGCACCUUCGAUAGCUCGAUGAGUCGAGAGAGCUGGAGUCGCACAACCUCUACUAUCAUUGGCGUUAGCAGCAACAUCACCACUGCAUCUCCGUCUACCAGUGGCGUUGCCUCCGCUACAGGUACGGCGGUAUCUUCCCAUAUUCCCAACUUGGCCUCGGCCAAGGGUGAAGCCAUCGGUACUACUGUUUUGAGUCUGAUUUUGACUGUUCUCGUGUCUUUCCUUUAA